CCUCAACUUACCUCCUCACAGCCGUUCUACAUUGCGCCAUUUCUCUCAACUCUCCCCUAUCUCUUCUUUGCGCAGUGUCGUUCACCACCUAAACCAGAGUCUCCACAGCUGUCACCCACUACGCGACUCACUCCUAGCCUCGCUUCUUUCCUCUGGCUCAACUGAGAACCACAAAGCUUCAUCCCGGUCGCCUCAUCUCUUCCCUUCUCUCGGAGAACAACAGCUCGGCGACCAACGCCCACUGUUCUCGAUCUCCAACACUCUAAGCCAUUGUUCUUUCACGUUUUACCUUCUUUGAAGAGAAGAUGGAGACCACGGCCACUAAGGACCAAAGCCUUACUUUAGGUUGCCCGAUGGAAACCCUACACGCGAAGGACGAAGCUCGAGGAUUCUUCGAUGACGAGACCUCCACGAACCGGGUUCUUCACUCUGGUGAUUCGUUGCCUUCCCUCUCGAAUCCCACAGCUGCAAAUCUGUCUCCGUUCACCGGUAAGCAUCUAAAGCUGAGCAACCCCGACACCGGCGAUGCAAUGCUCAGGUGUUUUCCUAGGUGCCAGGGUACGGGCGAAGACAAGGCAUGGGCAAUGGUGAUGGGUACGAGCGUGCUGGCCGACAGGUAUGGGCGCCAGUGAUGAGGAAUCGAGACUUGGUCGGUCUUCUUGGGUGUGGAGGAUGCUGCUCGGUUGGAGUACUGUCGGGCGUGGGGCUUCAACAGCAUGGUUGUGAGUGACAGUGGAGCAUGGGCAACAGAGCCAUGUCUCCAUGUGGGCAACUCGAUCAUGGUGCUGCACAUGGAGUGCUGGAAGCGGUGGUGCCUGGAAACCGAGCUGUAUGGGUGUUGGUGACAGCCCCGAGGGACUUUACGUGAGCUGUUCGAGAGGCGCAGGUCAUUGGGGACUGAACUGCUCAGUUGCUGCUGUUGUAAAUGGGCUGUAAUUGGUCUUCAAGUGUUGGGUUGUAAUUUGGGCUCCAAAUUUAGUGUUGGGCUUCCAAUUGGGCCAGACUUGGGCCUGCUAUUGGGCUCCGGAUUUGAGUCUUGAACUUGUAAUUAAUUUAGGUCUAG